AUGGCAGAGACAUCAAACACCACGCCGGCGGGCGACGUAGGCCGCGUCGCCUUCAUCCCGCUCGAGGCGAACCCGCAGCUGAUGAGCGACCUGCUGCACAAGCUGGGCCUGUCCAAGGAGCUGGGCGUCCACGACGUGUACAGCCUCCACGACGCAGACUUGCUCGGCUUCAUCCCGCGGCCCGCUCUCGCCCUGCUGCUCGUCUUCCCCGUCUCCGCUGCGUACGAGAGCUACCGCCUCGCCGAGGACGCCACCCUGCCAGAGUACACCGGCAAGGGCGACAGUGAGCCCGUCGUAUGGUUCCGCCAGACGAUCCGCAACGCCUGCGGCCUUAUGGGAUUGCUGCACGCCACGGCCAACGGCCCCGCCAGGGAGUUCGUCCAACCCGACUCGGACCUGGACAAGCUCCUCAGGCAGGCGGUGCCCCUCCCGCCGGACCAGCGCGCCAGGCUCCUUGAGACGUCGCAGUCGCUGGCGCAGGCGCACCACUCGGCGGCCAGCCAGGGCGACACGGCGGCGCCGCAGGCGACCGACGACGUCGACCUGCACUACGUCUGCUUCGUCAAGACGGGCGACGGCACGCUGUGGGAGCUCGACGGCCGGCGCAAGGGCCCGCUCGAGAAGGGCAAGCUGGACGCCGGCGAGGACGUGCUGAGCGAGAAGGCGCUCGCGCUGGGCCCGCUCAAGUUCCUCGACAGGGCGGGCGAGGACCUGCGGUUCAGCGCUGUGGCUCUGGCGGGUAGUGUGGAUUAG